CUCUCCUGUGGGCACUGGGCAGGGCUCUCAGGUCUUCCUGGAGCCUUCUCCAGGAUGAACUCCCCCAGUCAUGCUGGUCCAUUUGGCUCCUUCUGUGCCAAACCUACCCAGAAGUUUUCUGUAAAGGCUGAUUUGACACCAUACAACCCUGCCAUCUCCAUCUGGGCUGGGAGCUCCUGCCAUGGAAAACUCACAUGGAGGAAUUUAAAAGCCGUAUAAGUGUGGCACUUGGGGACAUGGGUAGGAGAAUGGCUUGACAAUGCUAGGGAGUGUUUGGACUCCAUGAUCUCAGAGGGCUUGUCCAACUUAAACAAUCAUGUGAUUCCGUGUUUCACAUAACACCUUGCACCCCGAGGCCUGGUCCAGCCUUGUGUGCUUAGGAACACGCACGUGCUGGAAUUAAAUCCUUCUACUGUAGAAGGAAGAGUGAUAAAACAGGGAGCUUAGUGUACAUUAUUGGUAGAUACUCCCAGUUUUCCCCUGGACCCUCUACCUGGCACAGAGACCCCAAGAGUGCUGGGCAGCAGAGCAGGAUGCAGGAGCCUCUGGGUGCCCCUGGCCGUGCAGUGAUGGGGCUCUGCCCUCCCUCCUUCCUGGGACUGAAAUGACCAGCAGUUGUGCUUUGCAUCCAUUUUGUUUCCUUUCAAAGUGGGGAUAGGAAUUCAAGUUAGGCUGUUCCUGUGUUUUGCAAAUGUAAUGAAGCCUGACUCCAGUGCAGUGUUUCCUUUUCACAGACCCAGUUAGUGAAGAUGUGGAGCAACCUGAGAGCUGGUUGUGAAUUUAUCAGAAUUAACCUCAUUUUGGAGGGACAUUUGCACUUUGUAAAGGAAAUUUGGUUUCUGCUUAGAUCCUGCUUUACAGUCCUGUGUUCCCAUGCAAAGCUGAUCUGGAGAUACCUGUGGAUUUUCUGCCAGUCCCACUUUACCACAUCUCCCUUUCACUUCUCAUUUUCUGGUCUCUGACAGUCAAGUACUUGAAUAGGGAAUUCCAUUUAAUUAAACUCUUCCUUUAUCACAAACUCUUCCUUUAUCGCAUCAGCAACAAGCUCUUAAGAAAUCCCCUCUUCUGCUGCCCAUACUUUUAUGCCAGAUCUCUGCAUACUCUCAUCCUGGCUUUGAACUAUUUCCUGAAUCUCUCCAUCCUGCCAUUAUCCUGUUCAGGUAUCUUGAUAAUGUUUUGUGGCUUUUGUUUCCUAUUGCUGAGCUUCAUAACUGCUCCUACUAUUGCUCCCUUUUCUGCAGCCAUGUAUAGGAAUAGGGAAAGAAUGAGGUAGAGUAAGUCAGCUUACAUCAUUGCUGCAUUUUUUUUUCCUUCUUUUUCUUUUUUCCUUUUCGUUUUCCUUUUCCAUUUUUUUUUUUUCUUUUUCUUCAUGCAUCAGUGCAACAUGUUUUUAAGGAAUAAUUUGGAAGAAGACACUGACCCUUCAGAAGUCUAUGGCAAAUAGCACGGAUCUGACCAGCACAGUUGGCUAUGACAGCAUCAUUCAGCAUCUGAAUGAUGGCAGGAAGAACUGCAAAGAGUUUGAAGACUUUCUGAAGGAAAGAGCAAUUAUAGAAGAAAAAUAUGGCAAGGAGCUCAUUAACUUGUCGAAGAAGAAGCCCUGUGGGCAGACAGAGCUGAACACCCUGAAGAGAUCCCUUGAUGUUUUCAAGCAACAGAUAGACAAUGUGGGACAAGGUCACAUCCAGCUGGCACAAACCCUUCGGGAGGAAGCAAAGAAGAUGGAGGACUUCAGGGAAAAGCAAAAGCUGCAUCGGAAGAAGAUAGAGCUGAUAAUGGAGGCGAUUCACAAAAACAGGAAUCUUCAGUACAAGAAGACCAUGGAGGCCAAGCGUCUGUACGAGCAGCGCUGCCGGGACAAGGAUGAGGCGGAGCAGGCUGUGCACCGCAACGCCAGCCUGGUCACACAGAAGCAGCAGGAGAAGCUGUUCCUGAAGCUGGCUCAGACGAAAUCAGCACUGGAGGACACUGACAGGAGUUACCAGCAGAGUGUGACCACAAUGGAGAAGAUCCGGGAAGAGUGGCAAAACGAGCACAUCAAAGCUUGCGAGUUCUUUGAGACUCAAGAGUGCGAGCGGAUCAACUAUUUCCGUAAUGCCCUCUGGCUCCACGUCAACCAGCUCUCCCUGGGAUGUGUCCAGAAUGAUGAGAAAUAUGAGGAAAUCCGCAAGAGUUUAGAAAUGUGCAGCAUUGAGAAGGAUGUUGAUUUUUUCGUAAAUUUACGCAAAACUGGAAGUUUGGCUCCAGCUCCUGUUGUUUAUGAAAACUACUAUAAUGCCCAGAGAAAUGUGACUCCUGCUGCGAGAAGUCCAGCUCCUGUGCCUAUAUCAAGGAGGGGACCCUUGCCCACCCCGACCAGUGCACCAGGGGAGCCUGAUUAUGCCACAGUUGAUGGCUACAGCUUGGUACAUUUCUAACAAUCACAGUUUUCCAAGAGGCAGAAGACACUGUUGGUCUGACCAGCAUGGCAGAGAUGAUGUUUUCAGUUACUCCCAGACAUAUAGAGCUGAAGUGCUUCUGCUUUUCAAGAGAAUAUUUGAGGACUCCAACAAUUAUUUGUACAUUCAGAAAGUGCUUACUAAAAAUCUAUGCCUCUGAUCAGCAAACUCCUUGGAUGGAUCUUCACACUCAGAGUAAGAAAAGGACCAGACACAGGGGUGAUCUGUGUUGGAAGUUUUCAAUUUGAAGUUCUUCUAAAGUGUAGCCAUCUAGAAAGUCUGGAGCCUCCCAUUCUGUAGGUAACUAAGAAGUUUUAUGUGCUGAGAGGAGCACUGCACGAUGCUUUGGUCAUGCUGGCUUGUGUUCAGGGUAUGUGCAUCCCUCUCAGAUCUCAGGUUUUGCCUGUUCCUAAGGGCUUUUGCCUGUUCCUAAAGUCUUUCAUUAGUGGGGAUUAAACUUGUCCUUUGGGUCAAAUUUACUCAUGUCUCUCAGAAAUCUUACUUAGAGGAGCACCAGCAGUAGCACUGCGUAUCUGGCUUAGCUGUAGCUGUGCUCCAGGCUUAAAUGCUGACACUGGAAGCUGAUUUGCAUCUACCCAGGGAGGGGCUGUGCCACAUCCAACCUGCUGGGAGGUCCCAGGAAGGAUCUGAAGGAAUUUAUUCCUCUCUUUCAACCACCUCUCCAUUGAGGGUCUUGUGAGCUCUUAGGUUUGUCAGGUCCCUGGCAAGCUCUGGAUACCAGGCUGGAUGGGGCUUGGAACAACCUGGUCUAGUGGAAGGUGUCCCUGCCCAUGGCAGGGAGUUAGAACUGAUGCCUUUUUGGGACCACCUAAAACCGAGGCCCCACAAAAUUAAAGGGAAUAAAAAUAACUUGUAUUUAUUGAAGAGCCUUCAGGUACACUUGGGGCAUACAAACCUCCCACCAUGGGCUACACCCCAAAAAUACACAAUGGGUCAUGGGUUUUCAUAUUUUUUAAAUUUGGUCCAUUUGCAUAUUGGGGGUUAAUCUACCAAUUACACCUUCAAGUAAUGAAGUAAUUUACCCCAAGUUUGUUGCCCCCAACUUUUGUUUACAUUUCUCAGGCCCUGAGGCAGUAAGGCUGAUUCCCAUUUUCCCAUGAUUCCCAGGGCAGAGAGGAAUUAUCUGACCAAAAUGGGAAAGCAGCAGCUAACACUCUGUAUGGAGUUUAGAGUUAUACACUAAAGAAUUGCAGGAUUACAAAUAUAUGAAAAAUAAAAAGGGUAAAAUCCUAAGGCAUCAGAACUAGGUGGUCUUUAAGGUCCCUCCCAACCCAAACCAUCCUGGGAUUCUCUGAUUCUAUGAUUUAAUUAACUUCUGUGAUUCUCUAAACUUUGGAUUUGUUCUGACUAUGCACCACUGGAAACAAACUUAUCUACUGCUGGAGCAUGAAACUAGUUUUCUGACCGCAUCUCCUGAAAGUUCCUUCCCUUGUUGUUACCACAUCCAUAGAUAUGAUUAUGGCUUUGAUUGAGAAGCUUAUGUGCCUCAGGGCUGCUGGUCUGUCUGAUGUCCCUGUGUGCAGUGCUGCUUGACUGCUCCUCGCUGCCUUAUGACACUGGAUACAGGGACACAGGACAUGGGGAUAAACACACAAUUUACCUGUCUAAACCUGGUGCCAGGUCACUAACCUGGAGCAACAGGAUUUGCUGUUUUUAUGUUUUUCAAGUUGAAUCUGCAUGGCUUCAGCAUGUGCCUCAGCCCACCAGUCCUUGGCGUUUUUACUGGAUUUAUUUGUGUGGGGAAGAUGACACUGAGCUCUGACAUCUGCCCUGCUGCCUCACAGUGAGCUGUGCAGAGUGCACAUGCCAAGGAAUCAGCUAUCCUAUUUAUUUCUGAAAGACCAAGGAUACAAAUACUCUUCUGAAGGAGCCUGCUGUAGUUCUUAGUUCUAUAAAUAUAUAUUUUAAAAAAUUA